AAGGAAUCAAAGGAUAUUUGUUCCAUUGCACAGAAAAUAAUUCCCGUUUCUAAGACAUUGACUACGACAAUUCAAUAUCGGUGGUCUGCCCAGUUGUUCUGGUCUGCCUUUAAAUUGCUCGUGGUGCUGAUUCCAACUCAACGUCAUUUCCCUCCACGAUCACUCUACGGAGUACUACGGAAUACUUCUUCAUACUCUCAAUUCAGCUAUCUUCCGCUCGUUGCGUUUGAACUGCUGCACUUUACUCCUGUGGCAGAGAAUACUGCUAGUGUGCCGUCACUAUUGGACGCCGUCGCAGACCCCGUCAUCCAAAGCAUCCUAGGCACUCUCGUGCUAUGGGCAACGAAGAGUCAAGCAUGGUGGAUGAUUCCACCCGUCCCUCGGUGCUGGAGGGACGCAAUGUGGAGGCCGUGGCCAAGUAUAUCAAAGAGCGCAAUGUCCAGCGUAUCGUUGUAAUGGUGGGAGCAGGUAUCAGUACUUCAGCAGGCAUCCCAGAUUUCCGGUCACCCGAUACCGGACUCUACGCCAAUCUUGCAUUUCUAGACCUGGAAGAGCCAGAGGAUGUAUUCGACAUUGGUUUCUUCCGACAGAACCCCAAGCCAUUCUACGCGCUGGCGCAUGAGCUCUACCCCGGGCGCUAUCGCCCCACUAUCGCCCAUUCUUUUAUCAAGUUGCUCUACGAUAAGGGUCUACUGUUGAAGCACUUUACGCAGAACAUCGACUGUCUCGAGCGCCAGGCUGGGUUACCUGGGGACAUCAUCGUUGAGGCUCACGGCAGUUUUGCGACACAGCGCUGCAUCGAGUGCAAGACGCCGUAUCCCGACGAGGAGAUGCAAAAAAAGGUCCAGCAUGGAGAAGUGCCGUACUGCUUGGUACCGCAGUGUAAUGGCCUCGUCAAGCCUGACAUUGUCUUCUUUGGCGAAUCCUUGCCCCCGAGCUUCUUCGAGAGCCGCGACCUGCCGGAACAGGCCGACCUCUGUAUCGUGAUGGGCACCAGUCUAUCAGUCCAGCCGUUUGCCAGCCUGCCUGUUCUGUGCAAACGGGGCACCCCGCGAGUGCUGAUCAACAUGCAGCAAGUCGGGGGACUGGGGUCCCGUCCAGACGAUGUACUCAUCCUUGGGGACAUUGAUGCCGGGGUGCGCAAGUUCGCAAAGGCUAUGGGAUGGGAGGAGGAACUCGAGGCUCUCUGGGAAGUGACUAAUCCCGAUCCCAAGGCGCGCGAAGCCGAGAAUGCGCCGGUGCCAUCUCGGGACGAGCGGCUCCGACAGGAAGUUGACCGGCUUACAGCGGAUGUUGAGCGCACACUCAACCUGACGGAGUCGUACCAGCAGCGCGUGCGGGAGAAACUGGGCGAGCCGAGCGAAUCUUCAUUUAUCAAAGUGGACUCGCAAGAACAGUCACGAGAAGGAGGACUGGACCAUGUGUUCCCGCACUUGGCGCGCGAAUCGCGUUGA